AUGGAGAGUUCAUCGGAGCAGGAGGGACACGAGAAAGACGGAGUUUUGCUCGCAGAAGAUGGGUGGUGGCCUCUGCCCCCUGAUCUGCUGAUGAGCGCAAGCGACCAGGAGACCAACAUGGCCUUCAAGCGGUUCAGGGAGAUUGUUGGAGAGCAAGUGGAGGAAGAUCAGGCAGAUGAGCUAGAUUUGCAGGAGUCCAUUGAGGGAAGGAGGCUUCAACACUUUGGUCUGAAAAUCCGUGCGGAUCCCUCACAUGCGCCGGAACGAUCUACCUUGCCAGCACCACCAUGGGCUUUGAAGUGGACACAUUUGAACUCAGUGCGAAGCACCACAGAGAAGCAGGGGGAUGAAGGGGUGACCCUUGAAGAAGCUGUAGGCUUCGCGGCUCAAAAGAACGCGCUGAGAUCCGAAGUCGAUGGUUUUCUGGAGAAAAAGCGGGUCUUGGUCGACGCGUAUGCACCGGCACCGGCCACGCAAGAGCGACGCGUGAUGGCUGAGCUCAAUGAGCUACUUCAGGUGGAGGACUUCGUCGAGGAAGCGGAGACUGAGCCAGAGGCCGAGAAACCGACGCCUUCACGCCGGAGGCUUGCCCAGGCACUAGCAGCUGUGCUGCUGUGUGUCGGGGCGGUGCUUUGCCUGGUGCCUUCUCCCAUGAUGUCCUCCAGAGUGAACGGAAUCCAGGAGCAGUACGAGAUGCCGCCCAUGGGACAAUGCUUGUGUCUCUUUGAUGUCGACCGAACCUUGACCUCCAGGCAGCUCACCACCGAUGCUCCCAACGACCCGCAGUGCCCCCAGACCCAGUAUGCGCCGGAAGUCGACGGCAAAGUCGUCCUUGACUACGCGUACAAGGGAGGUCGUCUUCGACUGUCCGAAGUGGCGCUGAAUUUACAGGAGACCUUCUGUGUCAAGCAGAACUGCUACAGGGGCGUGAUCUCGGCCGGUGGAGCCAGUGGCGACGAUGAGAAGCAGGUGCUCUUUGAGCACUUGAAGGGCAACUCCCCCGAUCAAAUCGGGGGCGACACCUUUGGUCAGUAUGCCAAUUUGGCGGGUGAUGUGAGCUCUCUGAAGAUUGUCUUCACCCCAGACCCACAGAAGGGUGAUGUGGCGAAGAAGAUCUUCGAUUGGCUCAACAGCCCUGAGGGCAAGAAAGCAAACAUCCCAGCAGACAAGGUGUGGCUCUUCGACGACCACCGGGGCAAUGCGGGGGAGAUGGCCAAGUACGGCUUCAAUGGCAGGGAGGUCUCUUGCAAGACCCGUGACCAGAGCAUCGGCGAUGGGCUCGUGGGUCUCUGUGGCGCGGAAUUGUCGGAGAUCGUGCCUUCACUUGGAGUCUCCACAUGUGCGUGA